GCCCUGAAAACAUGGGGAAUCUCUCCAACGGAGACCAUGGGCAAGAUUAUCUUUUACGAGGACAAGAACUUCCAGGGUCGCUCCUAUGAGUGCAGUAAUGACUGCACAGACCUUCACUUGUACUUCAGCCGCUGCAACUCCAUCAGGGUAGAGAGUGGCUGCUUUAUGAUCUAUGAGCGCCCUAACUUCAUGGGCCACCAGUAUUUCAUGAGGAGGGGAGAGUAUCCUGACUACCAGAGGUGGAUGGGCUUCAGCAGCUGUAUCCGCUCCUGUAGGAUGAUUCCAGUGUAUCGAGGUUCCUACAGAUUGCGUAUCUAUGAGAAGCCUGACUUCAGUGGUCACAUGAUGGAGUUCAUGGAUGACUGUCCCUGUGUGUCUGACCGUUUCCAUCACCGCCAUGUCUACUCCUGUAAUGUUAUGAAUGGCUACUGGAUCUUCUACGAGUACCCCAACUACCGAGGCAGACAGUACUUCCUAAGACCCGGGGAGUACAGGAGGUACCGCGACUGGUGCGCCACCUGCGCCAUUGUCGGCUCCUUCAGGAGAGUCACCGAAUUUUAGCCAUCAACUGAAACCUUG